GACGUCACCCACAGAAGAUGACAUCGACAAGAACAAGAAGUACGAACACCUCGAGGGGUCGUUCGUUUCGAUUGAACUCUUUAUCGACCAGAAUUCGAAUCUCUGGACGUCACCCACAGAAGAUGACAUCGACAAGAACAAGAAGUACGAACACCUCGAGGGGUCGUUCGUUUCGAUUGAACUCUUUAUCGACCAGAAUUCGAAUCUCUGGACGUCACCCACAGAAGAUGACAUCGACAAGAACAAGAGUUACCCAUUGCACGGCGGCGGCAGCGGUUGCGGCUCCUUGGGGCUCAAGCUGCAAGCCGGCCUCCCGCAGUGGGGCGCCCCUAAGAGUUGCGGCGUCCCGGCGGGGCCCCCGCAGCCUUCCUCGGCGGCGGCGGCGCGCUGCAAAGGCGCCAAGCGGCGCUCGAGCUCGCCGGAGCUGCUGCGCUGCAAGCGGCGCUUGGCGUUCCCGGGCCUGGCGGGCGGCGGCGGCGGCGGGGCGGCGGCGGUGGCGCGGCGGAACGAGCGCGAGCGGAACCGGGUCAAGCUGGUCAACCUGGGCUUCCAGACCCUGCGCCAGCACGUGCCCAACGGCGCCGCCGCCAAGAAGAUGAGCAAAGUGGAGACGCUCCGCUCCGCCGUGGAGUACAUCCGAGCCCUGCAGCGGCUGCUCGACGAGCACGACGCCGUCGGCGCCGCCUUCCCGGACGGGCUCCUGCCGCCCAACGCCGCCGCCGCCGUCUCCUCCUCCUGCGCCGGCAGCGGCAGCUCCUACGCCUCCGCCUCGCCCUCCUUCGACGGCCGCGACGGCAGCUCCGUGCCCGGCUCGCCCCGCUCGGCCUACUCCUCGGACGAGAGCGGCUACGAGGGCGCCCUCAGCCCCGAGGAGCAGGAGCUGCUCGACUUCACCAGCUGGUUCGGGACCUACUGACCACCCCGGACCAGUGACACUGAAAGCAAUGCUGUGUAGGACCUCAGUACCUCAUUGUCCCAGGCGCCUGUUAUGAUGCGGCAGAAGAGUAACAAGGACUCUUAAUUUAACAUGCUUCCUGCUUUCCUCGAGCCUUUUUGGAAAGGUUCCAGG